AUGUCUGCCAAAAUCUACAUCGGCAAUCUGGGGUGGAACAUAACGGACGAAUCACUCCGAACCGCGUUCAGUGAGUAUGGCCAGAUCUUAGAUGCCAUUGUCAUGCGUGAUCGUGAUACGGGGCGCUCAAGAGGAUUUGGCUUUGUUACAUACAGCGAUGGACAACAAGCUCAAGAUGCAAUCAAUGGGCUGAAUGAACAAGAACUCGAUGGCCGUCGAAUCAAAGUAAACCUUGCCAAUGCCCGCGGCGGUGGCGGUGGUUACUCAGGCGGUGGUUAUUCAGAUGGUGGUGCAAUGUUUUAA